AUGACAAUUAGAGACCACCACGCACCCACAGCCCUUGUGAAUAACGGUAGAGAGGCUAGAUCCUGGAAGCAAUUCGGCUUCAGAUCUCGACAUGACAACAAAUAUUCAACCAGAAAUCGAGGCAUUAUCGGGAAAAGAUGCCAAAUCAACUUUCCCGCCCCGGCAUUGGGCAUCACCUGGAGUGACGUCAAAGUUGAAGCAGUUAGUGCCGAUGCCGUUAUCAACGAGAAUUUCACCUCGCAGUUCAACUUCCUCAAUGGCCUGCGGGAUUACAACAAGAAGCCGUUGCCUAGAGCCAUUUUUAACAGCAGUCAUGGAUACCUCAAGCCGGGAGAGAUGUUGCUCGUUCUGGGCCGGCCUGGGUCCGGCUGCACCACUCUUUUGAGCAUCCUCGCCAAUAAGCGACGCGGUUACCAAGCUGUCACUGAUUUCAUGAACACUGAGGAAGAACUGUUUUUCCCUGCCUUGGCCGUGGGACAGACACUGGAUUUUGGCACUCGUCUCAAGAUGCCUGCCCACCGUCCACCGGCGGCGUUUUCCUGGGACUAUUAUCAAAAGGGAUGCGAGACUUUUUACUACGCUCGAUGGGAUCUCUACAUACCAAGGAUACCAAGGUCGGAAAUGAGUUUGUGCGGGGUGUUUCCGGGGGUGAAAGGAAGCGGGUGUCUAUCGCCGAGUGCAUGGCAACUCGCUGCUCCAUCUUUUUCUGGGAUAAAAGCACCAGAGGCUUGGAUGCCAGCACCGCACUCGACUACGCCAAGGUUAUCUGUGCCUUACCGACACGCUGGAGCUCUCCUAGGUCGUCAGUUGUAUCUGGCGGUAAACAGCAUCUAUGAGUUGUUCCACAAGGGCCUGGUGGUCGACGCAGGGAAGCAUAUCUUUUACGGGCCACCAAAAGAGGCGAGAUAUUUCAUGGAGCACCUGGGUCUCAUAUGUGAGGACGGAUCUAACGUGGCCGACUUGUUGACCGGUAUCACUGUGCCCACAAAACGGAAGGUCAGUCCUGAGCACCGAGGUACAACGCCAGACAAUGCGGAUGCUUUUCGAGCCGUGUAUGAGAGUUCUCACAUUUACCAGCAAAUGAUUUCCGAAUACGGAUAUCCCAAGACCGAGGUUGCAGAAUAUCAGACUCAAUCUUUCAUGGUCGUAGCAUAG